AAUGCUUCAUUUUACUUGUGUUCUUGGAGAUUUAAUCUUUCAUUACGGAUGUUAUACUUGUGAAGCCUGUAAAGUCUUCUUUAGACGAUCAUUGAAGAGUUCGAUAGAUUAUGAAUGUGUUACAAAACGUAAAGUCUGCACACCAGCACCCGAUUUUCGGUUUCAAUGCAGGGCUUGUAGAUUUAAAAAAUGCCUAGAUAUUGGAAUGUCUCGACAUGCCAUAAGGACUGGACGAUACACUAAGCGAAUACAUAAUAGAAACAAAAUCUUAUUAACAAGAAUUGAAAAUAGUAAAAAAACGGUACCAUAUCUAAUCAAUCAUACGGAUUCCCAAGAUCUAAUCAUACAAUGUAUGAAUAUAUUUCAUGAUGCAGUUAAGAUUGAUUGGAGUAAAGAAAUAUCUGAUUUUCAAACAAAAUUCAGAAACGCGUCUGCCGUUUGUGAGGAUGGAAUAUUUCCAAAGAACGAUUACAUGGAGAUAUUUCAAGUAUCUGGUCUUGAAAUCGACUAUAGAAAGUCGUUUAUGAGCAUAUUAAAUAGUGUUAUGGAAAUAUCAUCAACACGUUUCAUUAAUGCAGUUAGUAAAAUACCGGGAUUAAAAGAACUAAGCGACGAGAAGUUUUUUCACCUUCUUAUUUCCCAUAAAGAUGAUAUUCAAAUAUUUAACAGCUCAACUAGCAAAUUAAUAUGGACUGAAGAUGGUCUCUCGUGCAAUUUAGGCGAUGGUUACGUUUUAACCCUUAAAAAAGAUGAUUUCAAGAAUUUAACAGACGCUAAUUUUGUCAUUUCCGAAGAAACCGUCCUUCAAUCAAUUCAAAAUCUUAAUUUUACUAUUGAAGAAUCAAUUUUCCUACUUAUAAUUAGUCUCCUCAAUCCAAUCAAGGGAAACGAAAAUUUACGAUUAUAUUAUAAUCGUUACCUAAUAGCAUUUACCAGUUAUCAUUAUGGAGCGUAUACUUGCGAAGCAUGCAAAGCUUUCUUCAAAAGAACUGUACUACGUCCAAAUAAUUUGAAAUGCAUUGCUAACGAUAAUGCAUGUAUAGCAACAGAACAAAUGAAAUUUAUAUGUAGAUCUUGUCGAUUUAAACGCUGUCUUGCGAUCGGAAUGUCGUUAAAUUCGUCCAAAAUAGGAAGGACAACAAGAGAAAGAUUAAAAAGUUUACAAAUGUACGUUAAGAAUUCACAAGCUAAAUCUGAAAAAGUACCUUAUUUAUUUAAUCAAACCGAUUCGCAAGAUCUUAUUAUUAUGUGUUCAAAUGUAUUCUCAGAAACUUUAAACUUGGAUUGGCAGAGUACCAUUAAAGAUUUUGAUAUAAAAUUUAAGAAUGCCGCUAGACUAAUUGAAGAAGGAUUUUUCCCACAAAAUGAUUUUAUGGAUAUACUUUCAGUUACAGGCAUUGAGAUUGAUAAUAGAAAAGGAUUUUCUAGUCUUAUAGAUUCUAUAAUCGUUAGUUCAUUCCUACACUUUAUGAAAUGUAUAAAAAAGCUCCCCGGAUUAGAUAUUUUAAGCGAAGAAGACUAUUACAAAGUCUUCUUUGCACACAAACAUGACAUUGAACUUCUUAUCUAUGUUGUUGGUGGAAUUAUAUGGAAAGAUGAAAUCAUUAUAAUUAAUUUCGAUGAUAAACAUCAAUUAAAAGUACCAAAGAAAAUUUUAGAAUCCCUAUUAGACGAUCAAGCGGUUAAUUUGGAAGAAGAAGCUUGUAUUCGUAUCACGGAGGCUAACAUUACUUUUGAAGAGGCACUUUUAAUAAUAGCUUUAAGACUAUUUUCACCAAAUAAAAAGUUUCCUCAUUUUAAAGAGUUUCAUCAUCGAUUAGCAGUUGCAUUUACAAGAUAUUUAAAAAGUCAAUAUUCAAAUAAAUACUAUUUACGAUUUCUUCAAUUGAUGAAUCUAUUUAGCUAUUUCAACGAAGCAUAUCUAAUUGGAGAUAAAUGGAUUGCUAACAAUUUUGAAUAUUUAAGCACAAUCCAUUGUAGACCUGAACUUCUCCGCCAUGUGUGGUUAGAUAUGGAUAUAAGGGAAACUAUGAACCUUUUACAAUCUCUAGCACUAUAA